AUGGAGCCAGGUGGCGUGAGCUUUCCUGAAUUUGUGUCUCAAAGUCUGGACAAGCUCAAGGAAACUCUUCUGGCAGCUUACACCGAGAGCCACAAUCCGAACGAUGGGGCGGUGCCGAGGAAAUCCGCCGCCAGUGCCAGGCCGGCUCGCGUAAGUGUCCACCACGCAGACGAAGAAGCAGGUUUCUGCUGCAGCCGAACACGAUCCCGAGGCAUGACCCUGAACGUGGACUCGCAGCCACUACCUUACAGCUCCUGGCAGCCGGCUUCGGAGCUCGGCGAGGCGUAUCCAAUGAUCGAAGGGGAGGAGAUCUUCAGCCAGCACUCCAGCCGAGAGGACUUGCGCACUUUGCCAAAGUGGGAGUCGCUUCUGCUGCCGGCACUCGAGGGAGGCUUGGCAGCCGAUCGGAGGAUUCAGAUGCCUGCCGAGUACUUCUCCAUUCAUCCACAAUGGUCCGCAGGGACCAAAGUCACUGUUCGCAAGUCGCAUGCAGCGAAGCAGGGGUCCGUUCGCCCAAGCGUCUCUGUGAUGCGGGUGAAAAGUCUUCUGGUCGACGAGGCCUCCAUUAUGCAAAGGUUCGUUUUUCAUCCGGAUGCUCUCCCACGCCUUGCGUGGCUGUGCUUCGGAAUGCUCCUGAUUUUCUGGGACGUCGUGACCAUUCCCCUGAUCCUGGGUGGGGUGGACAAUGCCACCAUGGAUUUCCUCUACUGGGCAAGCUUCGUGACCCUUGCGUACUGGAUCUUCGACUUAUUCGUCAACUUCUUGACAGGCUAUGACACUGGAGCAGGGAUUGAGAUGCGCCCCAGACAAAUCGCCUGGCACUAUUCAAAGUGCUGGUUCAUUCCUGACGUAAUCCUGGUGCUCAUCGAGCUCGUAAUCAAGAUUCUGGAGUUUGUGGCCAAUAGCAUCGAGAGUUCAGAGGAGCUUGGCUCUGUUCGUGUGCUUCGCAUCGUUCGUGUGAUGCGCUUCCUGCGACUGCUGCGUUUGCAGAAGAUUGCACGAAUUGGGGAGCUCAUUGCCAAGCAUUUCACCUCGCUGACCUUUUGGCUCACCGCGAAGAUUGCCAGUGGCAUGGUCUUCAUCCUUGUGGUGAACCAUUACUUGGCCAUUUUCUUCAUGGCCAUCGGACUGCAAGGCAAGCAAGAUGGCGUGCGAAGCUGGCUAAUAGCGUAUGAGGUGGAGGACACAGACUUCUGGGACAUUUACGCCAUCUCCUUGCAUUGGAGCCUGACCCAGUUCACACCGGCGACGAACAACAUUGGCCCGGUGAACUCUCUGGAAAGAUUGUUUGCCAUUUGCGUGGUGCUCGUCGCCCUGGCUCUUUUCUCGUCCUUCCUCAGCUCGAUCACGAACGCAGUCACUGCGCUCCGUGCGGUACGUCUCGACUACGAAACCCGGGAGGCUCAGAUUCGCCAGUUUUUCAACGAGCGAAAUCUGCCUGCAUCCUUGCUGGCACAGGUCAAAGCAUUCAUGCGCAUGCGCAGCAGUGCGAUUCGCCGCGUGCUGGAGAAGGACGUGAAGUUGCUUGCAGAACUGCCAGAUGCCCUGAAGAAGAAGCUCCAUGCGGAGAUGUUCUUGUCGCCCAUCUCGGCACUACCCUGGAUGCCGUCCAUUCUGCGGGAGUCAACUGAGUUUUUGGAGAAGGUGUGCCACGGAGCAGUGGACGAACGGAUCGCCAGACCUGGCAUAGAUAUCUUCGUACCAGACAGUGAGAGUGAAGGUGCCAUCAUCGCGUCGAGCGACGGUCUGGUCUACACUCGGCGGGAGGUCUUCUUACGUUAUAAGCAGAAUUUCAACAACAGCACGGGCGUGGUUGCGCUUCGACCAGGAAUGAGGCUUGCCGAAGUGGGCCUGUGGGCCGUAUGGAGGCAUCGAGGCCAUCUCACCACCGAGACAACCUGCCCGUACUUGUUUAUCAACGCUGUCGAUUUUGCUGAAAUCGCACAGCAGCACGGAGGAACGACCUUCAAGUACCUUCACAUCUUUGGGCUGCUGUACGUUUCCCACGUCGAGGAUAUAAUGGACAAAGGUGUCUUGAGUGAUCUUUCGGCGGAGCAGGACGAGCUCCAGACACUCGGUCGGCGGGCGCAGACCUUCAUGGACCUGUCUUCGAGGGACACGACCAUUUCCGGAUUCGGCCAAAUUUGA